CGGCAUUAAUGACAUACAGCGUGGUGACGGCGGUCGGUAAGUAUUUAUGUGACCUCCGAGAACGAACACGGGUUGCUUUGGGUGCACUUCAAAAUUGACAUCCCUGAAGUCGCGAUUAUUACGUGCUUCGGCAUGCGAAACACAGAUAUGGUACCUGCGGAAACCUAUGAGGGAAGACGAUCGUCAGUUCGGACGUCAUCAUCAUGACACCUAGCGUCAAGGAAAUGUACGAUGAGCAAGGUUAUGUGAUUGUGCCAGGCUUGGUAACCUCUGAGCACUUUACGCUACUAAGCAAAGCAUGCGAGCGUGUCAUAGCCAAAACACGCUCGGGCGCAUGGCCACACCGACGCACGGUAGGGCGACAGUUUCCGCCCUAUGAAAAUGAUAAUACGGAUUCCUGGGGCGUGCAGCACGUCAUGCAUCCGGAUCUCGGUGAGCCUGUCUUUGCGGAGUGGUACACUUCGGAGGGGCUCUUGGCCGUUGUGAGGGAGCUAUUACAAUGUAGAGAAGACGAGUUGCAAAUGGAGUUGUUCAAUCUUUUGAUUAACCCCUUGAACCAUCAUUUUGCCCUCCGAUGGCAUCGAGACGACGUGAAAGAGGAUGCGACUGCAGACGAAGAAGCCCAGGCUCUCGCCGCAUGGAAAUAUGGUGUACAAUGGAAUACCGCGUUGUAUGAGGAUUCCUGUCUUUUUAUUGUCCCGAAGUCACACAGAAUCCCGAGGACGGCGGAGCAACGAGCACACUCUAUCACCCAGGAUGCACCUAAGAAUCCUCUUGACAUGCCGGACGCUAUCCGAGUCACCCUUAGGCCAGGGGAGACAGUGUUUUAUAAUUCCAACGUGCUCCACUGUGCAACAUACGAUUUAAAGAAACCGCGUUGUACACUACAUGCAUGUGUAGGGGAUGUCAAGGGAGGCUCGACACGUGCUAGAAACGUACUUCAGCAUGGUCUACGAUGGAUGACGGAGGAUCGUUUUCGUUCUCAGCUCGGUGAAAAAGGGAGAGCGAUGGUACAACGCCUUAUUGCGAUGCAGACCAGCGUGGAAGGGCAGGCUCUGGGCUACUCUCUGAGCAAUUGAGUAAAUAUCGCCAGUACAUACCUGUCAAAGAAGAAUCAUUGACAUGUUGUACGUGAAUUAAAUAACGAAGUUCGGAAGGCACUGCAGUUCUUGUUUCAAAACUCCAUCCUGAGGG